GUAACAUAGAAUACAGCUGCCCCGCCACGAACGAAUGUGAAAUCACCAAGCGCAGACGCAAGUCCUGCCAGGCCUGCCGCUUCAUGAAGUGCUUGAAAGUCGGCAUGCUGAAGGAAGGGGUGCGCCUGGACAGAGUACGCGGAGGCCGGCAGAAGUACAAGCGCAGAAUAGAUGCAGAGAACAGCCCCUACCUGAACCCUCAGCUGGUGCAGCCAGCCAAAAAGCCAUAUAACAAGAUCGUCUCCCAUUUGUUGGUGGCGGAACCAGAGAAGAUCUAUGCCAUGCCGGAUCCCACUGUCCCUGACAGUGACAUCAAAGCCCUCACUACACUGUGCGACUUGGCCGACCGGGAGCUGGUGGUGAUCAUUGGAUGGGCCAAGCAUAUCCCAGGCUUCUCCACGCUGUCCCUGGCAGACCAGAUGAGCCUUCUACAGAGUGCUUGGAUGGAAAUUUUGAUCCUUGGUGUCGUAUACCGCUCUCUUUCCUUUGAGGAUGAACUUGUGUAUGCAGACGAUUAUAUAAUGGAUGAAGACCAGUCCAAAUUAGCAGGUCUUCUUGACCUAAAUAAUGCUAUCCUGCAGCUGGUCAAGAAAUACAAGAGCAUGAAGCUGGAGAAGGAAGAAUUUGUUACCCUCAAAGCGAUAGCUCUUGCUAAUUCAGACUCCAUGCACAUAGAGGACGUGGAGGCCGUGCAGAAGCUCCAGGACGUCUUACACGAGGCCCUGCAGGAUUACGAGGCGGGCCAGCACAUGGAAGACCCUCGCCGGGCUGGGAAGAUGCUGAUGACGCUGCCCUUGCUGCGGCAGACCUCCACCAAGGCCGUGCAGCACUUCUACAACAUCAAACUGGAAGGCAAGGUCCCCAUGCACAAACUUUUUUUGGAAAUGCUGGAGGCCAAGGUCUGACUAAGAGCCACCCGGACCCUCCUCUCCUGCACGCCGACAAA